AUGGUGCACUCCUUAAGCCCAUGCACUGACGGCAGCGCCUCCCCGUGCGGGGUGGCCGUGCCCCAGCCCAUUGCCGACAGCUGCAAUGAGCCCUGUGUGCGGCAGUGCCCCGACUCCCAGGUGGUGAUCUACCCUCCUCCAGUGGUGGUGACCUUCCCCGGACCCAUCCUCAGCACCUUCACGCACCAGAGAGUCGCGGGUACUGCAGGAGCCCCUGAAGUUGGAACUGGCUUUACCGGUGCCCGUGCUCCUGGAGGCUCUCAAGUUUACGGUGGUGCCCGAUGGGGACGGGGGUACCCGAUCGGAAGCUGCAGACCGUGCUAA